AUGGGUGAAUACGAAUAUCACGACAGAAUCAUAGGCUCACUGCUCCCUUCCCACUCGUCGUCGGACCUCUAUGCUCUCGAUGAAAGCGAACUAUGGUGGAUUGGCCAUUUCGAAUUCUUGAAAAAUCAUGGUUACAUGAUGCGGCCCAGGUAUCGUCCUGGCUGGAAGCCCUCUUACAAACCUGGAAUACUUGAACCUCUGUUUUCAGAAGAUGGCCAAAGUCAAGAUCAUCCCUAUGUUAUGGAUGCCCUUCGCAUUUCAGAUUCUUACAUGGUCGCAAUGAAGCGCGUCAAGGUUUCUACAGGCGAAGAUCAAGUUGCCACUUUCUUUUCAAACGAACAACACAACACGAAUCCUCGUAAUCAUUGCAUUCGGGUACUGGAAGUCUUAUCGGUCCCAGGAGACGACAAUGAAAAAAUCUUGGUGAUGCCAUGGUUGCGGCAGGUAAUGGAUCCUAGGUUUCGAACAAUUGGAGAAGCGGUACAGUUCUUCCAAGAGAUAAUAGAGGGCUUGCAAUACAUGCACGAGAAUAAUGUAGCCCAUAGGGAUUGCGCGAGUAACAAUAUGGGCAUGGAUGCCAAUCUAAUGUUCACCCGUCAAUAUCAUCCUAUUAAUCCGAAAAAGAGACAUAAUUGGAGCGGAAGGGCACUCCAUCACUCCCGUACCCGCUGUGCGCCCAAAUACUAUUUGAUCGACUUUGGACAAUCUAGAAUAUAUAAUCCUUCGGAGUCACGUCCAUCGGAAUAUGCAUUGAAGUCGGGUGGUUAUACCCCUCCAGAAGGUGAUGCAGGUAUCCCGUGUGAUCCUCUUGCCACCGAUGUAUACAUUCUGGGUACCAUGAUACGAACCUCGUUUCUUGAUGGCGACCCCAAUGUAUCCAAACCUGGGGUUUAUGGCUUUGAGUUUCUACGGCCGCUCGUAAACGAUAUGAUUGCAGAUGAUCCUUCCAGCCGUCCUACGAUGGCUGAAGUCGCCUCGCGGUUUUCCGAUCUCAGUGCAAAGUUACGGUGGUGGAAACUGCGCUCUCGAGCGGUCCAGAAAGAUGAGGUUUUCGCGAAGCCGUUCCGCGCUGUGUACCAUGUCUUCUGGACAGCUUCGAUGAUGCUACUUCUAAAGCCUGCCAUACCGUCGCCAAAGAACGCUCCCGAUGUUUUACAAUAG